UCAGGCACUGGAUUCAUGCAUCCAUGACCUAUUGCGAAGAUUUCGCUCCACUAGCAUAAACGCGCACUCCCCAAGGCAUAGUAGGGUGUUGUGCUUACAGAAUUAGCAUGCAUUACAUAAGCGAUGAGUUGUACGUAAUAAAGUCAACUGGUGUUAGCCAAUAGGAACUGACGUGUUGCUCGAUAAAAGCAAACCCGACUUGUCUAAGUUGAAAAUCGACUUGAUAAUUACUAACUGCACUGGACAGCGGAUCAAGGAAUUGCAACCCAUGGAGAGCUAAAUUACACUUUGCUUACAGAAAAACAGAAAACAAAACAAUGUCAUCAAAGCCAUCGUUAUCAUCAGUUGUAAACUGUGUGCGAAAGAUACGUAAAAUGCGAGCCGCAAGAACUGAACUAAAUCUACCAAGGGAAGACUUAGCGCGAAUCCUACGACCUUUGUAUACUGUGGCGUCAUUUAUUGGAAACAGAAGCAAGACAAGACCGUGGCUGGGAAACUUUGGUCUCAUCUUAUGGGUUUCUAACAUUGUAAUUCAUUUUUCUUUGGACUUCUACGAAGCUUCUCAUAAAUACGGCUGGGCUUGGGCCACUGCAAUAGCAGUCUUUUUCAUCUCAUUCGUUUCGGGGACAUUGACACUUAUACGAGAGACAAUUCCAUGGAUUGAGGAUGCAUUAGAAAUACUUUACGUGGAUGGGAACUUCAGUGAAACACUAGAGAAAGCUUAUAAAGUCACAAAGAAACUCCCUUAUAUGUUGCCGCUUGGGGCAAUGUUGGGAAUGAGUGGUCAAUACAUUUGUUAUUUUAUUGAUGAUGCUGUUCAGCUCGAAAUAAAACCGAAAUGGCUGUCUAUAGUUCUGAAUAUUGCAAGAGUUGUCAGCUUGUUUCAUAUUCUGUAUGGUUAUAUGUUGUUUCUGGUCCUUUUGCUGUUUAUAAUGUACAUAACUGGUGCCUCUAUGAAGGAAUUCCGAGGUAAAAAGAAAAGUGGAUAUUUUCUUUGGCGUUAACAAAGCCAUGAACRUGUUAUCCUAGCAAUACACUUGCUCAUAAGACGAUUCAACNNUCGCGCGCAAUUUAUCAAAAGAUCUUCCAACGCUUGUUUGAUCAUGCUCGUUAAUCUGGUUCUCACAACAGCGCUUUCCUUUACAAUCAACGCUUACAACUUCCUGUUCCUUAAUCGUUUUGCUAUCUACCUCUGGUUUGCCCUUGUUCCCAUGAUCUGGAGCGUAACGCCGCUGACAGUAGCAGCGUGGGCAACAGAAACUUAUAAAACCUACGUUAGUUCGGUGGUGAGGAGCUGGGGAGAGCAUCCYGAAUCGGACGAGAGCGAAUCGGAAGGCGAGGAAAUGGACGAGUAUCAUGAAGCAAUGAAGAAGCUUAAGGUGAACCGAUCUAGAAGCAUGUUGAUCGCGAGUACAAACUUACUAAAAAGCCUGCAGAGAAAGCGGCUUAUAUUGAAGAGAGAUAGAAGACAAUCUAUUGCAGCRCAAAGAAGAGAGUCACUUGCUUUAACGGAAGUAGACGACGCACUUCCUGGAAUACCCAUGGAAGACCAAUUCCAACCUUUACCAAAUAACCUUCAGCUGCUACAUACUACUUUUAACCAAAGAAGCCCUAACGUUAUUUCACGUUUAUACAACAACAAUACGGACAAYAYGAACGUCCCAGGGACACCGAACAAGGAACGCAAGUCGAAAUUCAAGUUUAAAUCAUAUGUGAUGUACCUACAAGGUCUAAUACCCGGCGUCGGGUUCUCUAUAGGUGGAAUUGUACUAACUUGGGAGAAGGUGUCGAAUCUAGCAAUUCUACUUGUKUCGAUAUUAGCAGUUUUUAUUCAAGAAAUAUUGUUCGGCAGUAGGAAGAGUACACUUCUUACGUGAAGAAUUGCGGUAGUCUCAGCUAAGCCGAAUCGAUAGAAAAGGUAUCGAUUUAGCAAUCCUAUUUUUAUCAAYAUAAGCUGGUUUUAUCGAAGAAACAUUGUUUGGCAGGAACGAAAAUGAGGACUURCGUGGCAGCCUCAGGAAAAAUMGACACUCAAGGGACACAAAUCUAGAUUUCUUAGKAAAUGUUAUUUGGCGGUUGGAAAAGACACUAUCUUGGUAUAAGCGAUGCAGCAGUUUAAGACAAUGAUCAGUUUUACCGAUCGACGCAAACGGAAAACGAGAAUUUUUUUUUCUUCACAUUAACCAGUGAGCAAUUUCACUCGACUUAGACGUAGUAUAUCUCGCACGGUCUAAUCACUUUAAAAUGGUAAAAAAGAAUUAAAUAAUAAAGAAUGGAAAAUAAAAUUAAUAAAAAAUGAAAACAAAAAGUAACUAAGCAAACAAAAAACGACAAACAAUCAAGAAUUCCAAUU